AUGUUACUGGGUGAAGCCACCUAUGAUGCUGAUAAUCGAUGGUUAAGCUUAUGGUCAUCAAAAUCACAAGAUCAACAACGUGAAAACUACAAUAUCUACAUAUAUUUAGGAUUGACAAUAAGCACUGUGAUAAUUGCAUUAAUACGUGCUGAUUGGUUUUAUCAUAUAAUAUUACAUGGUGCGUCCACAUUACAUAAUAAAAUGUUCAAAGGCAUUCUCUAUACUUCAUUGAGAUUUUAUGAAAGUAAUCCAGUGGGGCGUAUACUUAAUAGGUUUAGUAAAGAUCAACAAGUUGUUGAUGAAUUAUUGCCAGUAACAUUUUUUGAUACUAUUCAAUCGCUGAUAAUGGUAUUAGGCAAUAUUGUCAUAAUUGGUAUUACGAAUCCAUGGAUACUAUUUGUAUUCAUUCCAAUUAUUCCAAUAUUUUUUUGGUUAAGAAGAUUUUAUUUACGAACAAGCAGAGAAAUAAAAAGAUUAGAAAGUGUAACAAGAAGUCCUAUUUAUGCCUUAUUUUCAUCAUCAUUAAGUGGAUUAAUGACAAUCAGAGCAUUCAAAGCUGAAAAUAACUUCAUUGAAUCAUUUACUGAUAAAAUUGAUACAAAUUCACGUGCAUAUUUUAUAUUUCUUUCUUCAAUUCGAUGGUUUGGUUUAAGAUUAGAUUUAAUGACGUGUGUAUUAACAUGUUUAACAGCAAUCUUAUCUGUUGCAUUACGUAACAGUAUUGAUAUCUCGUCUGUAGCCCUAGGAUUAGCAUAUUGUAUUAAUUUAACAAAUUUAUUUCAAGCAGCUAUACGUCAAGCUGCUGAAACUGAAAACUAUAUGACUAGUGCUGAAAGAAUUAAUCAAUAUUCUUGUGUACCACCUGAACCAGAUUUUUAUAAUGAAAAGAAAGCACCCAACAAUUGGCCAUCAGAAGGAAAAAUAGAAUUUAAAAAUUAUCAACUACGUUAUCGUCCAGAACUUCCACCUGUAUUAAAAGGUAUCAAUUUAGAGAUUGAACCACAUGACAAAAUCGGUAUCGUUGGACGUACAGCGUUAUUUCGAUUCAUUGACAAGUCGGCAACAGAUGGUCAAAUUUUAAUCGAUGGAAUUGAUAUUAAUACAAUUGGAUUAAGUGAUUUACGAUCAAAUUUAAAUAUUAUUCCACAAGCAUCAGUAUUAUUUAGUAAUACAUUAAGGUAUAAUUUAGAUCCAUUUAAACAAUAUAGUGAUGAACAUAUAUGGGAAGCUUUAGAUGGGGUGCAAUUGAAAAGUAUGAUACAAGGACUAAAAGAUGGAUUACAUACACAAAUAGCUGAAUAUGGAAGUAAUUUUAGUGUAGGUGAAUGUCAGUUAAUAUGUGUGGCCAGAGCUAUUUUAAAACCAAGUAAAAUUUUAUUAAUCGACGAAGCAACAGCAAAUGUAGAUUUUAAAACGGACGAAUUAAUACAAAAAGUUAUUCGUGAAAAAUUUAAGAGUCAAACUUACACAAAAACGUUUCUUGGUGAAUAUGGAUUUUGGAUAAUAAAUGCAGUUUUGAAAUGUUCAGACGUUCAUUUAAAACGUUCAGAGAGGUCAUUUGGCUCAGUGUAUGUCCGUAAUCUAAUAUCUAACUGUUUUAGUGCGGGUGGGGGUGAUUUGGCAUUGCAAGGAGCUUCUAAUUUAGCUAGUUGCAUGGCAAGUUCAUUUCGUCUUUCGUGCAAACGGAAAGUGACGUUAUAUUAUUGUACAUUACGUAAUUACGUUGAAAUGAGUUGGGAUCCGGAUUGCUGCGCUGACUGGGAACAGCUCGCAGCGAGUGCAAUAGAUAUAGUCAAUAUGUUUGAUGAUCCACCAGCGGGAAUAUUUAUAGGUAAAGCACCCUGUCCAGAUAAUAUCACGAAAAUUCAUGCGCUCGUUGUUGGACCGUCCGAUACGCCGUACCACGGUGGUUUCUUCUAUUUUCUCAUUCGUUGUCCGCCCGAUUAUCCCAUUCGAUCGCCACGUGUGAAAUUGAUGACAACGGGAAAUGGUACUGUACGAUUCAAUCCAAAUUUAUAUCGAGAUGGUAAAGUGUGUCUAAGUAUAAUUGGCACGUGGAAUGGACCAGAGUGGUCUCCUGCACAAUGUCUUUCAUCGUUGUUAAUAUCAAUUCAAUCAUUGAUGAGCGACAAACCGUAUCACAAUGAGCCAGGUUACGAAGACACAAGAUAUGCAAAUAAGCAUUCGUCUGGUGCCAGUGCCAUUUAUAACGAUAUUAUUAGACAUGAAACAUUGAGAGCAGCUGUUUGUGAAAUGAUAGAAAACGAAAAUUCGUGUCCAAAUGACUUGCGUGAAGUGAUGAUGAAACAGUUUCAUAAUUAUUACGAUUUUUAUGAAUCAACAUGUAAAGAGAAUCUGAAUAAAGAUGGAAAACCAAUGAAAGAUCCAUUCGGAGAAAAACGUGGCUCAUUCAAUUAUUUAUCGAUACUUGAACGUCUGAAGCAAUUGAAAAGUCGCUUUGAAAGUAAUGUACCGAAUACCUCCAACAAUACUCAACGACCAACUGACAUAUUAGUUCAGCAAUUAAGACAAAAAGAUCCAUAUCACGCAUCGGGUGGCUCCGAAUGGGACAGAGUAUCUGACACAAUAUCUGAGAAUGAUCAACAGGAAGAAGAAAUGGAUGAAGAGGAAGAAGGAGAAGUGGAUUGA